AUGGCUAUCUCACCACCUCGUACUAGAUCAAAGACCAAGGAAACUCAAACAGUUUCUGCAGCUUCACCAAUGACCCCGGCCAGACCACCCAUUGCAGCACCUGUAAAAGCCAAGCCUGAAUCUAGCCAAGCAUUCCUCCCUGCACCAUCCACCAAGCGCAAAAAGACAUUUGACGAUACCCCAGUCCCGCUCAAGCUGAGGAAAACAGCCUCGACUUCCAGAAGAGCCGCGUCUCGCAUUAGAACUCUCAGCUGGUUGGCAGACCUUGAGGAGGAAGCGGAGGAUCUCGAACCUCCUCAAUCUCCGACGCCUGCCGGUUCAGGGGCUGCCGACGAAGAGGAGACCAGUGAAGAUGAGGAAGAGAAGGUGCCUAAGCUUAGACCUAAGUCGUUCCAAUGCGAAAGCUUUACAAAAAGCUGGGAAGAGAUCGGACAGCAACGAAACUUUGAGUUCUUCCAGGCCUAUCCUCACGAUGAGUUCUCAACCGUCUGCGUGGAGCAUUUCAUGGAUCUUGCAGAGGGUUGGUACUAUCGGCGAAAACCCAUGGUCAACCGGCAGGCUCAAAAGAUCGUCAGGGCUGGCUUGACCCGAAAGCCCGACUUCUCAAGACUGGCCCUCCCUGUAUGUGAUGAGACAUGGACCGUCAAGAGUCUUGAAGACUUUAUGGCCGAGCUACGCAAGCAGAUCGAUGAUGCCUCUGAUCGGGUGACGCUCAACCAGAUGCAAAUCCUUGAUACUACUGGAGAACGACCCAUCUGUGAGCUUGGAAACCAGUACCGCCCUCUCAAGUGCUCAUUAUGUACCAACUAUGAGUUGCCAUGCAAGGGUAAUUACAUGGAGGUUGACAAGGCACGUUGUCGUAUGGAUGUUGCAGCCUACCCCCUGAACCCAUAUUAUGCCGCCGUAAAGAAGGCUUCCAGGCCUGUUCCAGACUGUGGCCACCAAAAGGCUCUCACAAUCCUUAUGGGUGACAAGGGCAAAGACUACAUGGAGUGCGAGGAAUGCUGUUACAGCCAGGCACUCCCUCAGCAACCCUCCCAAAGGCCAAAGACGUAUGCAAUCAAAGUAGCUGGGGUACGUAUCCCAGUUGAAGUUCGUCCUGAGCGGCUUUGCCUCAAUAGCAAACUAGGUCAUGCCGACCUUGGAGGUAUUCAUGUCGUUGUUGACUACUGUGCUGACAAGCGGCGAAUGAUCAAAUUUCGCUCAACCCAAUUCUCCAAGGCCCAUGAGAUGCAUGCCUUGGACUUCCACCUGGAGGAUGAGAUCAGUACGCAUAACUUUGAGCUGCCAGAAGAGUACAUAUCCGAUCAUCCUGAGUCCAGCGAGGUGGAGGAUCGAUACAACGAGAUAUAUUGGCAAGAGGGUGCUUUUAACGCAAUUACCCAUUGUUCUAACCUAUUUGAUAACUGUUCGUGUCAUUAA